AUGGCGCGCUACAGAAAGGCAGUAUCGAGUGCCCUAUGGGUGCAGUUGGCAUUAGUUAUUUGCUAUCUACCCAUAAACAUAGUGGAAGGUUUUACAAUUCAUGGAUCGUCCCCAUCUGUUGUUAUUGCUAAGGAGUUUACAGCGACUUUAGUCUAUCUAAACUCAACAUUAAACCCGAUAUUGUACUGCUGGAAGAUGAAUGAAAUAAGACAAGCGGCAAAAGGAAUUAUUGGAGAACUUAAGAGUUUAUUUUGUCUGCCUUGAUAAGUUUCUUAGUUACUGUUACUGCGUGCAGAAGACGAGAGCUUGAGCCACCACCACGACGAGAAGGACAAAAUGGCAUGGGCUUUAGUUUGGUUUCCGCAUAAUAACUGGGACGCUGUUUCAAAUUGUGUUCAGCCCAUAGACGGAGUCGACCAUAAGGGAACAUCUCUGAUGCCAGGGGGACAAUUUUCCAUUUCAGACGAUGGCAAACGCCAUGUAUCACAAACGCGCCAUAGUUUUUUCAUAUUUGGGCGUCUGCCAAAAAGAGUUUUUGAGAUCGCUUGUUUUGAUUCAAAGUUGCAAUAGGCACGCAAUACGUGCGAACGUAAACAAGCGAAGGGUUACUUUUUAGUUGUUGUUUUUUUUUUAACCAAAAAGCUGCAAGAUAAGGAGGAUUUGACAGGUGCAGUGUAAUGCCGAUCAGUUUUUCAGUCUACUUAAAAACACGGCAAUGCCAGAGUUGAAGUUACCUUCUGGCAGCCUUUCCACGCUCAAUAAAAUGAAAGAAAAUAAGGACAGUUAAGAAAAAAGACGGCUUGUGCAGUCAGUUGGCUUGUCAAGUCAUGACCUUUGUGUCUAAACUCCUCACAAAAAAACACAACCUUUUCAAAUUCGUAUACAUGUUUUAGCAGAAACGUCUAGCUUCUCCAAUGGUAGUUGCAAACGAAUAAAUAAGGUGUGCCAGGCCUGGGCCAAACGUCGAACUUUUCAUGAGACGAACCAAACUCUAAUUUGGGUCGACCUCAAUUAAGCUAAGAUCGUCUGUUGGGUCAGACGUCGAACUUAGGACCCGUCAAACCAAUCAACUGAAUCAGAUCAAAAAGUAAUUUUAGCCAAACAAGGCUAAAUAUUCAUUAUCAUACAAACUUUCAAUUUAUUAGUUUAGUUGGUCGCAUGUGAAGAUGGGCGUUUUUCCUGGAGACGCUCUUCAGACGAAGAAAAAGACGGCUUGUGCAGUCACCUUGACCUGCAAAAUUCAGCUGGUAUGUCAAGUCAUGAAUUUGUGUCAAAACCUCUCAGAAGAAAAACACAAUGUUUUCAAAUUCAUGUACAGGUUUCAGUAGGAACGUCUACAUUCUUAAGUGUUUGUUAGAAAGGAAUAAAUAAGGUGUGUUAUGUACAGUGAAUAGGCGGAAUAAUUAUAAAGAGGACAAUAAGAAGAAUGUAAAAAGUGUGCGUGGUAAUAUUAACCUUUUCCCGCGUCUUUCCCGACGGGAGUUCGCUAAAGUCUUCAUGCGUUAUCAGUAAUGUGCACAGCGCGUUGCUGAUUUAAAAAAAAAACCGCCCUUACGCAAAUUGUAAGAAAAAACCAGCUGCAGUUUGUAAAUAUGCACUUUUUGAUUUUGGGGUUAUUAGUUUAAAAUAAAAUUAGAUUGGUUUGGAAAUUCAGAGUUGGCAAUCCAUAUACUAGGUAAUAUAAUAUCAAAAUAAAACGCUUAUCCUAGCUGAAGGAAAAAUAAAACUAAAUGAACAAUUAACAAUAGUUAUGCAAAAAAGCCCUGAUGUUUGCUUCAUAAUCAAUAUGGAAAAGGCAAGAUACGAGAUAAUAAACGUUGUUGUUACACCAGAUCCUGUUGGCGACAACAGAUUCCAGUUUAGUAACGGUUGAUUUGACAUUUUAAAGGUAGUGAGGUCAUUUGUUCCACUGUGGAGGCGAGGAAAGGAAUAUAUAUAUUUUAAAUAAAUAACUAAUAUCCCCAGGAAACUAAGAGAAAGUAAUGGAGUAUUUCAAAUCCCCAGAGUUAACCGAGUGCUGAUUACUUAUUUCUAAAAAGAUACCAAAUAAAUUAUUUACUAUCACAGGAUAUCUGUUAUAGCUUUUUAUAAAAUAACUAAGAUAGUACGCGCGUUCUGAUUGGCCGAGAGGAGUGUUUGCAUGAGAGUAGGUAAACAUGGUUGUGUGGUCAAGAUGUUUUGCUUUUCGCGCGCUAAUCACGCGAGCACGAAUUUCAAAACGUUUUUGACUUUAUUUACCCAUUCCUUCGUCGGCUGCAACUUGGAAAAUCUUUACAAACACACUGUGUCAAUUUUUUCUUUCGCUUAAGUUGACAUUUUAAGCGAGAAAAAUCUGUAUUUUGGAAAGUAUCUUUCUGCAAAACAAGAACUGGUUACGCGGAAAGAUUCGUGUACAAGACUUUGCGACUGGUUAUAAUUUCUCUUUUAAUCAGUGCCAUAACGAAGAGUUUUGCGUUAUUUCUCGUGAAAGUUAUUUUAUAAAAGCAAUAGAAAACAUUUU